AUGCCGCCAAAGUCGACGGUCAAGGUCGCGGACGCCCCCGAGGGCUUCACGCCCGAAAGGUUCGAAAAGGAGUUGAAGAGCCUCGCAGCAAAGGCCAAGGGCCAGACCAAAGGCAGAUUCUUCAAGCAGCAGGCCUCAGCGUAUCUCAAGGCCUCCAUCCUCAUCGCACUCGCCGCCACAUACAGCAACGUCUCCCAGCUGGCCAUGUCGCCCGUCUACGGCUCCAUCCCGUCGUCGAUAUACCAUGCCAAGCUUGUCAUGGUCGCCUGCUUCUUCGGCUGGGCCGGCAACGUCGUCCUCAACCGCACCUUGCCUUUCAACCCGGCUACGCUGCUGCCGGUCGUCGCCCUUUGCAUUCCCACGAUCCAGUUCUAUCUGUAUCAGACGAGCGCUUUUCUAACUGCGUACUGGGGUCCGUUGGUUAUGGAAGCCGUUACGUUGUUCCCCCUGAUUUUGAUCUCGGUGAGCUGCGUGGCGACUGAGAUGGAGAAGGUCAACCUCUCCAAGCUACCGAAAUUUGUCGCCGAUGCGGCUCCUGGGUUGGGGUCUUGGGGACUCUUUAGAUUCGUGGAGAAGCUGUCGGGCGACUACCUGCAGACCUACAUUGGCAAGUCCUUCUUCCAGACGAGAAUCGGCCUCGAGGCAUUAUUGGCUGCCGCUUACUCCAUCUACGCCCCUUCCAAGCUGCUGCUCUUUGCCAUCCCGGCCGUCCUGCACACGGCUGUUCUGAACCCGCAUGCCUUGACGCCCAUGGCCGCGGCUUCGCUUAACACCACUUUGCAAGCGGACAACUGGUUCCUGCUGGAUCGCAAAGAGUCCAUCACGGGAUACGUCUCCGUAUUAGAGAGUAUCAAGCAUGGCUACCGGGUGAUGAGAUGCGAUCACUCGCUCCUUGGUGGCGAGUGGGUAAAGCACAAGGGCCCGCGCAUUGCGGAGCCCAUCUAUGGUGUAUUCGUCAUGUUGGAGGCCGUUCGACUCGUCAAGACCUCAAAGGCCGUCCCUGACACCGAGGCCAAGGCCCUCAACAUCGGUCUCGGUAUUGGCACUACACCUGCGGCUUUGGUUGCUCACGGUGUCGAUACAACAAUUGUCGAGAUUGACCCCGUCGUGCAUGAAUUUGCUUCCAAGUAUUUCCAACUCCCGUCCAACCACACUCCGAUCAUCGCAGACGCAGUAAGCUACACGCGCAAGCUCGCCGACGACCCGGACGCGAGAUACGACUACAUCGUCCACGACGUCUUCACCGGCGGUGCCGAGCCAGUGCCCCUCUUCACUCUCGAGUUUCUUCAGGGCCUCAACUCGCUUCUUAAGCCAGACGGCGCCAUUGCAAUUAACUACGCCGGAGACUUCCUCCAUCCGGCCCCCAAGCUCGUCGUGGACACGAUCAAGCAAGUCUUCCCUUCCUGCCGCAUCUUCCGUGAGUCGGAGCAUCCCUCCAAGGAGAAGAUUGAGGAGGAGGGUCAAGACUUCACCAACAUGGUCAUCUUUUGCAAAAAGACUUCUGGAAAGCUCAAGUUCAGACCCCCCGUGGACGAUGACUUUUUGGGCAGCCGCACCCGCCGCGCAUUCCUGAUGCCGGCGCAUGAGGUCUUCCCCAAGCACUUCCUACAGGGUGACUACGGCAUUUUGACGGAUAACAGCACCGAGCAGCUGACUAAGUGGCACGAGAAGAGCGCUCUAGGCCAUUGGGAGGUUAUGCGGAUUGUUUUGCCGGACAAAAUUUGGGAGUUGUGGUAA